AUGGGGACGGUCUACUCCUCGGUAGCUGGCAUGCUGGGUGUCAACCUCCACAAUGUGCAGUUCCCGCAUAGCUCGAUGAUCUGCUGGCACCGAACGGACAGUGAAGAGUACCUGUUCAUCGACGUUGUCCGUCGCGGCAUGCAGCUAUCCAGAGAGCAGGUGUUGGAGGAGUUGAAUGCUGUACAUCCGGACAUGGACCUUCAGAUGCUGGAACCCUUUCCCAGAGCAGGGCUGCUGGGCCGCCUGAUCAAUGGCGCCACCCAUCCGGAAGCCCGCCGGCCAGGGACUGGCUUCGACCUGGUCUCGUUUGAGACACUGGCCUGCUGGGCUCGCAGCGACUGCCGCCUGGACAUGGCUGCGCUCGACGACCUGAUGUCCGCUGUUGCUCGCUCCAGACCGAUGUACGCACGCCGCCUGCUGCAGCAAUUCGUCGAGGCUAACGGCGUGUUACUGGCGGAGAACGAGAGGCGUGGCUUGGAAGUACUCAUGAAGCACUUCAAGAGGAUGUAUAACCGGCUGACGCGCUCCCUGGAUGAACAAGAGGCCAUAGUCCAGGAACUGGUGAGCCUCCGCGCGGCGGACCGAGCAGCGGGCGACUAUCCGAGGCAGUUCGGCGUCGGUGACGUCGUCACGUACGGCGACGAGCGCCUGGCAGUGGUGUACGGGUGCUCAUCAUACUACGAGGCCUCACAGCAUUUCCACGGAGCCUCACAGUUUCCCCUCGCUCUCAUCUCCUACGACGGCCACGUGGUGUGA